AUGGAGGUGGCCGCUAAUUGCUCCCUGCGGGUGAAGAGACCUCUGUUGGAUCCCCGCUUCGAGGGUUAUAAGCUCUCCCUCGAGCCGCUGCCCUGUUACCAGCUGGAGCUUGACACAGCUGUGGCAGAAGUAAAACUUCGAGAUGAUCAGUAUACACUGGAACACAUGCAUGCUUUUGGAAUGUAUAAUUACCUACACUGUGAUUCAUGGUAUCAAGACAGUGUCUACUACGUUGAUAACCUUGGAAGAAUUAUGAAUUUAACAGUGAUGCUGGACACUGCCUUAGGAAAACCACGAGAGGUGUUUCGACUUCCUACAGAUUUGAUAGCAUAUGACGAUCGCCUUUGUGCAUCCAUCCAUUUCACAUCUUCUACUUGGGUUACCUUGUCAGAUGGAACUGGAAGAUUGUAUCUCAUUGGAACGGGUGAACGUGGAAAUAGUGCUUCUGAAAAAUGGGAGAUUAUGUUUAAUGAAGAGCUUGGAAAUCCUUUUAUCAUAAUUCACAGUAUCUCAUUGCUGAAAGCUGAAGAACAUUCGAUAGCUACCCUGCUUCUUCGAAUAGAGAGAGAGGAAUUGGAUAUGAAAGGAAGUGGUUUCUAUGUUUCCUUGGAGUGGGUCACUAUUAGUAAGAAAAAUAAAGAUAAAAGAAAAUAUGAAAUUACUAAGCGUAAUAUUCUCCAUGGAAAGUCAGUGCCCCACUAUGCCGCUAUUGAGCCUGAUGGGAAUGGUCUAAUGAUUGUCUCUUACAAGUCCUUUACAUUUGUUCAAGUUGGUCAAAAUCUUGAAGAAAGUAAGGAUGAAGACAUGUCAGAGAAAAUCAAAGAACCUCUGUAUUACUGGCAACAAACUGAAGAUGAUUUGACAGUAACAGUAUCGCUUCCAGAAGACUGUACUAAGGAAGACAUUCAAAUACAGUUUUUGCCUGAUCAUGUCAACGUUGUGCUGAAGGGUCAGAGGUUUUUGGAAGGAAAUCUCUAUUCAUCUAUUGAUCAUGAAAGCAGUACAUGGAUAAUUAAAGAGAAUAAUAGCUUGGAGAGUUCCUUGAUUAAAAAGAAUGAAGGACUGGCAUGGCCAGAGCUAGUGGUCGGUGAUAAACAGGGGGAAUUUAUUAGAGACUCAGCCCAAUGAGCUGCAAUAGCUGAACGUUUGAUGCAUUUGACCUCUGAUGAACUGAAUCCAAAUCCAGAUAAAGGUAAACCUCCUUGUAAUGCUCAAGAGUUAGAAGAAUGUGAUAUUUUCUUUGAAGAGAGCUCCAGUUUAUGCAGAUUUGAUGGCAGUACAUUAAAAACUACUCAUGUGGUGAAUCUUGGAAGCAACCAGUACCUUUUCUCUGUCAUAGUGGAUCCUAAAGAAAUGCCCUGCUUCUGUUUGCGCCAUGACGUUGAUGCACUUCUCUGGCAACCACACUCCAGCAACCAAGACGAUAUGUGGGAGCAUAUCGCAACUUUCAAUGCUUUAGGCUACGUCCAAGCAUCAAAGAGAGACAAAAAAUUUUUUGCCUGUGCUCCAAAUUACUCUUAUGCAGCCCUUUGCGAGUGCCUUCGACGAGUUUUCAUCUAUCGUCAGCCCACUCCCAUGUCCACCGUACUUUACAAUAGGAAGGAAGGCAGGCGAGUAGGGCAGGUUGCUAAGCAGCAGGUAGCAAGCCUAGAAACCAGUGAUCCUAUUUUAGGCUUUCAAGCAACAAAUGAGAGAUUGUUUGUUCUCACUACCAAAAACCUCUUUUUAAUAAAGGUAAAUACAGAGAAUUAAUUACUCCAACAUGUUGGCUUCUCUGUACUGGAAAAGUAUUCAGUGGUAGCUGGAAGGCUGGGCAGUUGUGCUGUAAUCUGUUAAGUUUUAUUGUGUUAAAAUUAUCUUGUAUGAAUUUAUUUUUUAAAGGAUAUUGGAAAUAUAUUUGAGAUUAUGAGUCUAUAAAAGCUAUGGAAUGAAGCUGCAA